UCUACGUACAUUAUUAGGCCACAGUAUUUGCCCUGUACCUGCAACAAUGAGGACUGAGUCGAGUUCAUGACUGUAGCCUGGACAGCCUUAGCUCUUGUCUCACACAAGUGACCGUCUUUGGCCUGAUGUUCUUUCUUAUAAACUGACACUGAGCUGUUUUGCUUCAAGCACUCUCAUAGCAACCUCAUUUGCGCUCUUUAAUCCUUCAUACACUACUGAAUGGCCCGGUACCAUCUUGGAAGAGGGUGGCGACAGUCAGCCUUGAUCCCUUGCUCUUCCCUUUCCUUGUGUUUGCUUUCAUAUUAUCAAAGACAAAGAUUCAAUAUGGAUCUUGAGAGCCUGAACCUCCAUGAGAAGGGUGGGAAUUCCUCUUGGAACCCAAACAAUACCAGAGGGACUGUCCCAGGAGCAGUCCUCAAUGGCAUCGUGCAGGGUAUUGUGGUCAAACCUCGUCGCAAAGCCGAAGACAUCGCACGCGGAUAUGGUUUUCUCCAGGACAUCCACGAUGUCGGCAAGAAGCGACUUAAGCUACUCGUAGCUACUGGCGAUGCGUCAUCCACGGUCGCCAACACUGAACUCCGCAGCUGCGUUGCACCCUGCUCCUCUGCGGCCGACCCCGAAACAACCUAUGAGGACACCACAGCGGAAACUGUCUACACCGGAUGCCGCAAAGCUCCUGUGGCAAUAUUGGCGACUACAACACCGAUAUCCGAGACCUUCAGCGUGGAGAUAUACGAGACCCAGGCCGAUUCUCCAACUGAAGAACAUACCACUGAAGCCAUAUGUAGGGGCUGCCAGAACCCUAUUCAACCCUGUUUCGCCGCCGCGUCAGCGCAUACCACAUCGAUCAUAGCAGUACCACUGGCCACGCCUAUCAAUGGGACUAGAUCUGCCCGGGUCUCUGGGCCGCUCGGCAGUGGACCUCUCCCCCUGAAGAUCAACCCGAUAUCCAUCCCUUCCGUUCCGAUCUGGCUGUUUCUGCUCUCCAGCGUAUUGGGCAGCAUGAUGUGCUUCUUCACGCUCCUCAGUUUGACCCAUACCUACUACAAUCAGCAAACCCCUGGUCUCCAGAAAGUUUCCAUAAAGGUCAUCUGGUCCCCGUCCGUCCGUUCCUCUUCCUCAACGCGGUCAAAGCUUUUCUUUACCGCUGCUGAAGAACACGACGAGCAAGCCAAACGACGUUCUGUGUGGUCCCGCCUCGCUCACUGCCACCCUUCGCCCCGGAUCAGUCCAUUCAGUUGCGAUGACGAACUAUCCUCCCUCGAGGCACUCCUACCACCCAGCCCCUCAUCCUUCGCCACCGGAAUCGAGUUGCGCCCCCUAUCUAUCUGCAUGCCUUCGCCAGCGCCAUCCCGAAAAUCUAGCCCGGUAGCAGCCAUCCACCGCCGCCCACUCUCAGCACCUAAUCUCCCAGCCGUAUCCGAAGAAGAGUGGGUGCGCCGACGAGCGCAGUUCGAACUCCGCAGCGGGCAUGAGGCGACAGCGCACGAGAACCGUCGAUCGCGAUCCGGCACACCCCCUCGCACUCCGCGGUUUUUGGAGUGGGCGGUGGAUCAAUUCGGGAGGAUUCCGGGGCGUUUGGACCGGUUUGCAAAUCCGGAGGAGGGUGGGGAAGAUCUGCUGGUGGCAUUGCCGGUGCAAGAGCCUACUGCUCGGUGGGAGGAGGCGGAGUCGAAGGAGUGGGUGGGAGGAGGGGAGUGAUGACGGAAGUCAAGGUGGCGAGGUGGAGAGGUGAAGAUUGGAAGAGUUCUGGCUUCUAAGGUGUUGGAUAGUUGGGACUUUCUAGUAUCGGCAAUAUCG